AUCGAGUGUACCCAUGAAUCACGCGAUAGUUUUGGUUUUGUGAAUGGUUCCUGUCAAAGGUUGACAAUAAAUAUAACAUUGGAUUUUCUGAUCGUAGCAAAAUUCUAACAUGGAAAAUUUAAAACAUUUAAUCUUCUACUUUAAAGGGUAUCAACAUGUUGCAGAUUUUCAGAGACUGUGCGGAGUUGAAAUAGCAACAGUUGAAGAGUUGACUUCCAAUGACAACAAUGGGAUCAGUAACAACGUAGAAAAGAGCACUGAAUCAAACAGACCUGAUCAUGAUGCCAUCAAAAGAAAUGUAAAUGGUGUGCAUAAAAACGGGUACAAAAAUGGCCUUCACAAUUCAGAGGGACAUGAAAAAAAAUUGGCAUACAAAAUUAAAAAUAAAGCAUUUUACUUUUUGAUGCAAUUUGGAGCUGGUUUAGGUGGAGAAAUUUUUUACAUCACAUUUUUCCCAUUUUUGCUGUGGAAUAUAGAUUCACGGUUAUGCAGACACAUUCUAUUAAUAUGGUAUCCACUGAUGUACUUUGGCCAGUUCUUGAAAGACAUGAUAAAAUGGCCCAGACCAGGACCCCCUGCAGUGAGAUUGGAAGGGAACCGAUUUGAAAUGGAAUAUGGCAUGCCAUCUACACACACCAUAGUCGGAACUUGUAUUCCAUUUUCAUUACUUGUCCUCGUAUCGAGGCAUUAUGAGAUGUCCUGGGGCCUGGGAUUGUUUGGGGCUCUGGUGUGGGCGGGGCUGGUGGCCUGUAGCCGAGUUUACCUCGGAAUGCACACUGCCCUGGACUGUAUAGCAGGAGUUGGCAUGACGCUGGUGCUGCUUCCGCCCAUGCUGAGUGUGGUCGAGCAGGUGGACUUCUUCCAGUUGACAAGCCCCUAUGCUCCCAUAUUUCUUCUCCUUCUACCCAUACUCGCCUGUGUCUACUACCCUAAGCCUGCAGUGUGGAGCAUCACCAGAGGAGACACCUCCAAUAUUGUCUCAAUCGGCAGCCUCGUGUGUACAGUGGGGUGGUUCCACUACCAGCUUGGGUGGAUGGAGGAGACACCCCAUCCCCCAGGCCUCCAGCCUUUCCCACCCAUCACCACAGACUGGCUCUACUACAGUGCCAUACGGACAGUGUGCGGAGUUAUUGCACUUGCUGUUUCCAGGGUGGUCUCAAAGAAAAUAUGGUUGAAACUUGUAUGCAAUUUUGCCGGUGUUGAAACCAAAGAUACAGCUAAACAGCGAGAAAUAGGACUAGAGGUUCCCAUGAGAUGGUUUGUUAUUGGUGGCUUGGCAGUGAAUACAGCUUUCACAGCACCACUAGUGUUUCAUUACUUUGGAAUCAACAGGGAAUAUUAUUACAAAGAGAUUGGUUUAUGAAGGACUAGGUAAGGGACAGUUGCAAUAUAGAACUAAGAUAUGUAGCAACUCUAUGGAGUUAGUUUGAGAUUGUUUUAAUAUAAGAUAUAAAUAUAAUUGUUACCUUGUACUGGUAAGUUGUGUGUGUACACCAUUUGCCUUCUUGUUUAUUGUGCAUGCUUAUAUAUUGUACAUUAUGACAUAUUAGUAUUACUUUUUUCAUUUAUAGAAAGUAAAUACAUGUAUGUGCGGGGGUACUUCAUAAACCUGUUUUGAUUGAAUUGUCAAUUAAAAUUUGUUCCAUAAUGACUUAUUCCCUUAAGUUGUGACUUCAUGAAACAAUCCAAAUUGAACUUAAAUGAAAUACAUUUAUUCAUUUAUAAACUAGUGUCUAUGAUGUUUCAUAGAGAAAGGAUUGUCCAAUAUGUUCCUUUAAUGGUUUUUAACAAAUUGGUGAAUAUAAUUUAUAAACAGA